CGUUCUCCUCUCUCCACCGUCUGAUAUCUCAGUCUUUCCGCCGAGGACGAGGAGGAACCCAAUCUCUCUCAACAUUCCAACUGAUAAGCUUUAUUGGAUGGCAGAAGCAUAUUGGCAGAGCCAUGAGCAAAAAUCCAUCCGGGCUUAGUAUGUGCAUGAUCAAUUGUAAUGAUCAAUUGUAUGAGCUUCCAAAGAAAGACAGAAUCAUUGUUAGGGGGAACAUACAAGAACGAUUUAAAGUUGGCUUAAGUGAAAUUAUGUCCAGAUAUUGCAGAAGCUUGCUACAAAUUCAGAAAAUUCUACUUAUUGUAGGAAAUAAUCUUUGCUCUCCCAUUGCCGUGCUCAUUUAAAGUGUGCUUGUGGAAGUUGGAAACAGAGCAAGUCGUACGGUCAAUUUCACAGAAUGAGUAAAAGAAGAUUAAACGACCUUUUGCGCCAAAGUGAUAAUCGUGUAUGUGCUGAUUGUGGUACUCCUGACCCUAAAUGGGCAUCGGCCAAUAUUGGAGUAUUUAUAUGCUUAAAGUGCUGUGGUGUGCACAGAAGUCUUGGCACUCAUAUCUCAAAGGUUUUGUCUGUGACUCUAGAUGAGUGGAAUGAUGAUGACAUUGAUUCAAUGGUUGAGGUUGGAGGAAAUGCAUCUGCAAAUUCAAUUUAUGAAGCUUAUAUCCCUGAUGGGAUUUCAAAGCCUAGACCAAAUGCAAGUCACGAACAGCGUUCUUCAUUUAUCAGGUCUAAAUAUGAGCUUCAAGAAUUUCUGAAGCCUAGCUUGCGGAUUUCAUCAAACCAAAAGAAGCAAUCCCUUUCAGCCUCAGAUGGUUUUGGGAGUUCAAGUCAGAAAUCUGAAGGCAUGGUGGAGUUCAUUGGAAUCUUGAAGAUUACAGUUUUGAAAGGGACAAAUUUAGCUGUUCGAGACAUGCUCUCAAGUGAUCCUUAUGUUAUUUUGACUAUUGGGCAACAGAAAGCACAAACAACUGUGGUGAGGAGCAAUUUGAAUCCCGUUUGGAACGAAGACCUCAUGCUUUCUAUUCCUCAAGAUUAUGGACCAUUAAAGCUGGAAGUUUAUGACUAUGACACGUUUUCUGCUGAUGAUAUAAUGGGUGAGGCCGAGAUCGAUAUUCAGUCUCUGAUAACUUCUGCAAUGGCAUAUGGAGAUCCCGGAAUGUUCAGUGAUAUGCAAAUAGGAAAGUGGCUGAAAUCAGAUGACAAUGCACUGAUCGAGGACAGUCCUGUAAACAUCAUCGAUGGGAGGGUGAAACAAGAAAUAAGGCUCAAGCUGCAAAAUGUAGAAUCGGGCGAGCUUGAUCUAGAAUUAGAGUGGAUGCCUCUUGAUCAUUAGGUGUAUAUAGAUUGUUUUGUUUUUUGACUUCCCAUUUUCAUUUGUCAUUUUUAAUAAAUGUUUUGCAUGGAUUUUGAUUCUGAAUUACUGCACCAUGUUGUUGUACACUUAUUUUUUUUCAUUGAGACUGCUCAUGUUGUUGUACACUUAUUUUUUUCAUUGAGACUGCUCAUGUUGUUGUACA